ACAUGAUAAUAUUGGAAAGUUUGGCAAGUAGAAAUAGAAUAAUAAUAUUGACAGGGUUUUAGUGGAAUAUUGGAGUUUGUUUCCAGCAUCCAUUACCUGAAUGCUGUUGUCCUUUAAUGUUUUAAUUACCAUAUAAUAUUUUGGCCAGCUACUUAUUUUGAUGAAACUUUUAAUCAUAUACAAGGCUGAACAGUAACAAUGUGAUCUUAAUUAAUUUGGCAUUUUCUUUUUUCUUUAUAGGUUCAAAAUCCAAAGAAUACAUGCCAUUUCAUGUCAGGAUAAACCGUAGGAAAAACCAUAACAUCACUGCAGAAAGUUAGCUUCAGUAGGAGUCGGUCAUUCUGUCAUGGAAAAUGAGGAGAGGGGCUCUGAAAAGAUAUUUUCGAACGGAGAUGUGUAUCGUGGUGGUUUUAAGGGAACGAUUCCCCAUGGGAAAGGUAAGUAUACAUGGUUAGAUGGAAGCAUUUAUGAAGGUGAGUGGGAAGAAGGAAAGAUGGCAGGGAAAGGGAAGAUCCGUUGGUCCUCAGAGGCUAUGUAUGAGGGUGAUUUUUGUGGAGGUUAUCUUGAUGGUUUCGGAACUUUUAUUGGUUCCGAUGGUUCCAUGUACAGAGGUUGUUGGAAGAUGAAUUCUCAACAUGGCAUUGGGCGGAAGCAGUAUUCAAAUUCAGACAUUUAUGAUGGUUGUUGGAGAGAGGGAGUGCGAGAAGGCAGUGGCAGGUAUGCAUGGAGUAAUGAUAACAUAUAUAUUGGGAAUUGGAAAAAUGGGAGAAUGUGUGGUAGAGGGCUUAUGAAGUGGUUUAAUGGAGAUCUCUUUGAUGGCUUUUGGCUCAACGGGUUGAGAGAUGGGUCAGGCUGCUACAGAUUUUCUGAUGGAAGUUAUUAUUUUGGAACAUGGUCUAAAGGGCUGAAAGAUGGAUCUGGAACAUUUUAUCCUGCCGGAAAUAAGCAUCUGAGCAAACUUAAUCUUGAAAGCCACAAAGACAAGAGGCUGUCUCAGCUGUCAUCAGAUCAUUUAGAUGAAUCUAUGAUACCUAGUGUAAAGCCAAGUCUAUCUGAUAAAAUUUCAUCUAGCUUUAGAAGGGGUUCUGGUAGAUUCUCUCAUAAAGCUACAUUGAUCACAACUGAUUCAUUGAGAGAAAUGACGCCACAUGAGAGAGAGAGAUCAUCUAAUGGCUCUCAAACUGAACCAGACAGCAACACUGUGGCAUAUGAGAGGGAAUACAUGCAAGGAGUCCUUAUGAAAGAAAGGGUUAGAAAUAUAUCCAAACUAUCUCAUACAAGUAAACAACGUCUCAAAUUUGCUAAAGAUGUAGAAAAGAAAUCAUGUUUCAACAUUUUUCAAGGCCACAGGAGCUACUUUCUGAUGCUUAGCUUGCAACUUGGUAUCAGGUAUACUGUUGGAAAGAUCACACCGGUUCCUAUGCGGGAAGUCAGAUCAUCUGAUUUUGCAGAACAAGCAAGAAUAAGAAUGUAUUUUCCAAGAAAGGGUUCUCAACUGACUCCUCCGCACCAUUCUAUCGACUUUUACUGGAAGGACUAUUGUCCCAUGGUCUUCAGGAAUCUGAGAGAAUUAUUCAAGUUAAAUGCUGCAGAUUACAUGAUGUCCAUAUGUGGUGAUGAUGGUUUGAGAGAGCUUUCUUCCCCAGGAAAAAGUGGAAGCAUUUUCUAUCUCUCUCAUGAUGAUAGAUUCGUAAUCAAGACACUAAAAAAAUCUGAGCUUAAGGUGUUGUUGAAGAUGUUGCCUCACUAUUAUAGUCAUGUACAAGCGCAUGAUAACACACUCAUUACUAAGUUCUUUGGGACACACAGGAUAACAUUAAGACGUGGAAAAAAGGUCCGCUUUGUGGUCAUGGGGAAUAUGUUCUGUACUGAAUUAAGAAUACAUCGACGAUAUGAUUUAAAGGGCUCGGUUCAGGGCAGAUUCACAAACAAGGAUAAGAUUGAUGAGAGCACUACGUUGAAAGAUCUUGAUUUGGCUUAUGAGUUUCAUAUGGACAGGUCAUUGCAUGAGGCAUUGUUUAGGCAACUAUCUCUUGAUUCUGCAUUCUUGGAAUCUCAGCAUAUAAUAGAUUAUAGCCUCCUCUUGGGGUUGCAUUUUAGAGCACCUGAACAUCUAAGAUCGCUAUUAGAGCCUCCUGAUUCACAACACCAGGCUGAGAGCACUAUUAGUGCUGAUGGUGGAGACAUCUUAAUUCCUCCAAGGGGUUUAGUGUUAGUGACCCAUGAGCCUGGUGCUGUGAGCAUUGCACCAGGUCCUCACAUUCGGGGUGAUACAUUGAAAGCAUACUCUAUUGGCGACAAAGAAGCCGAUCUUCUUCUUCCUGGUACUGGAAGGUUGAGGGUGCAAUUAGGAGUAAACAUGCCGGCUCAGGCAAAUCACAAAAUCGUGCAGGCAGAGACCGAUAACGCUGAAACAGAGCUCUUCGAGGUGUACGACGUCGUUCUUUACCUUGGCGUGAUUGACAUAUUACAGGAAUACAACAUGAAAAAGAAGAUGGAACACGCGUGUAAAUCUCUUAAGUUUGAUCCUAUGUCAAUUUCUGUUGUAGAGCCUACGCUUUAUUCAAAACGUUUCAUUACCUUCCUAGAGAAAAUCUUUCCUGUUCAGCCGUAAGGGGACAGAGGAGAGCCUUCGGAUCACCAAUUGGAUUUCUUAUGUGAGUGUAUACGUUAAGCAUAUUUAAGAUUAUUUUUGUAUCUUUCACCUUAUGUUUCGGUAAUUGAUUCACUACUUAGCU